CCUUCCCCCUACAGCUGGUCUGUUGUCAUCUUUCCGCAGAAUUCCGGUCCCCUAAUGCUGUAGCUGCCUGCCCUCCGUAGUAAUGCAGCAUUCAGAGCAGGCAAGAACGGCCGCUGACAAACUGCUUUCCUACACUACAGACCAGAGCGGCUGGAAACUCUGCAAAAGAACAAGAGAAGUUGCUGUUUACUGGAGACCUUCAGCAGAAUUUACAGGAAACCUGUACAAAGGUGAGGGAAUAGUAUCGGCAAAAUUAGAAGAUGUUUGGGAAUGUUUAAAGCCAGAACCUGGUGGCCUGAGAGUCAAAUGGGAUAAUAAUGUUGAUGAAUUUCACCUUAUUGAUGCUAUUGCUGAUGACAUCACAGUAUGCCGAACAGUAACACCAUCUGCUGCCAUGGGUAUUAUUGCCCCAAGAGACUUUGUAGAUGUGGUGCUAAUCAAGCGGUAUGAGGAUGGCUCCAUAUGUUCUAAUGCAACAAAUGUGGAACACCCUGGAUGCCCACCUCAGAAAGGCUUUGUCAGAGGAUUUAACCAUCCAUGUGGCUGUUUCUGUAUACCUGUUCCGGGAGAACCUGAGAAAACCCAAGUAUUAAGCUUCUUUCAGACCGAUCUUAGUGGAUAUCUUCCAAAAUCUGUGGUGGAAUCCUUUUUUCCAUAUAGCAUGGUUAAUUUUUACAGCAAUCUUGCAAAGGCUGUGAAGGCACUGAACGUAUGACACACUUCAGCUGAUCCACAAAACAUCUUCCAUCUUUUGGCAUUCCAAUAGAAAAGGUCAAUUAUGACUGUACGAAAUCACUGUCCAACAUGGAAUGGCUUAUACAGUACAUAAAUGUUCCUUAAGCUGUUCCUGUAUUACAGCUCCCAGAAUCCCUAAAGAUUCUGAGACCUGUAGUUCAAAAACAGCUGGCAAAUAUAUCUUAGACAUUAGGCCCUAAGGUAAGUCUUUAAGGAUCUAGUGGAAUAAUCAGUAAUAUGGGACAAGAACCCUUGUGGUUGUUACAGUCAUAGAUUCUUAGAGCAUGGCAGUGUUCAGUUUAUUGCUCUGAAGUUGUAUACUACAACUUAUUUAACACUGACCCUGCUGCAAACGGGGAAGCACUAAGGGAAACAUAUGCGCACCCCACAUUUCUCAUUGACUUCCAACUCAUGAAGGACAUGAGUUGACAAUAUUCAACUCUGCAGCACCUUGCAACAGAUUAAAAAAGUGGUGUGAGGUGCACAGGGCAACCAUGUCCUUCGGCAGGUGGUAUGUACAGGCCCCAGUUGGGCACUGCACUUGCUCUUUUACUUGCACAUCUAAAUAAAUGCAGGCAGCACUGUAUUCAUGGUGGCUACAGGUCUCUGUGCUCAUUUAGCGUGUAGGGCAGGGUGCAAAAAUAUGAUGAAUUGCACCUUUUUUUUUGCACUUAGCACCCUGUCAUUCACGUUGUGAAUGGCUCUUAGUAUCCCCAAGCAAUGAGGGAUGCUGGGAGAUUUAUAGUGAGUUUGACUCCACUCCAGGGACAAGAUCCUAUAUAAUGUAAAAUGCAUCAAUACAUGUAAACUUUGCUUGAAAAUCCACAGUGAUAUUUUUGUUGGGACCAUUAUUCAUGCAUGUUACAUUUAGUUACACUUUGAUUCUCACCCCUGGGAAAUUAAAUUAUAAUAUAAAGAAUAUAUACCUGUUUUCCUGCUCACAGAGUGAUAGUCCAGGAACCUGUUACCCAUUCAGAUAGACUAUUUAUUUUUUCAUCCAAAGAGUUUUAGAUCAUUUUUGAAAAGAAAUAUCUGUAUUUUAUAUAUUUAUGACUUGCCUAGUUGUAAAUUGUUUUUCUCUGUGCUUUUAUUGGAGAAUAUUGCUCUGUCCUAUUCACAAGUGUAUUUUUAUAUUGUUUGUUUGAAAUUGUCUAUGUUACUAAAUAUUUGCAUACAAAGUUAGUAUGCCCCCAAAACUUGAA